AUGGCCCAAUCAAACGAACCCAUCGCCAUUAUCGGCUCCAGUUGCCGCUUCGCUGGUGGAGCCUCCUCACCCUCGAAACUAUGGGACUUGCUACUCAAUCCUCGAGAUGUAGCAUCAGCACCACCAGAGAGCCGCUUCAACCUCGAUGGGUUUUACCACGACAAUGCUGAGCAACAUGGCAACACGAAUACUCACGGAGGAUACUUUCUCCAAGAGGAUCCCCGGUGUUUUGAUACUGUCUUCUUUAAUAUCUCGCCCAAGGAGGCUGAGGCCAUCGACCCCCAACAACGAAUUUUACUUGAAUUGACCUACGAAGCCAUGGAAGCUGCAGGUCUGACAAUACAAGGUCUUCAGGGUAGUGACACAUCCGUCUACGUUGGCCUCAUGAUUCGUGAUUACAUGGAUGUGCAGGUGCGAGAUCCGGAUUACUUCUCGCAAUAUAUGGUAACUGGUACGUCCAGCGCAUUGAACGCCAACCGCAUAUCAUACUUCUUUGACUGGCAUGGUCCGUCAUUGACAGUCGACACGGCAUGUUCCUCCAGUCUAGUAGCACUGCACCAAGCGGUACAGGGUCUCCGCGCGGGCGAGAGUCGAGUAGCCUGUGUCUCUGGAACGAACCUGCUUCUCGGUCCGGAGCUCUUCAUAUCCGCCUCUAAUAUGCAUAUGUUGUCUAUGAGGUCGAAGAUGUGGGAUGUUAGUGCCGAGGGCUACGCUCGCGGAGACGGGUUUGUCACAUUUAUGCUGAAAACCCUGUCGAAUGCAUUAGCAGAUGGUGACCACAUUGAAGCUGUGAUUCGAGAGACUGGUGUGAACUCGGAUGGUCGCACCAAGGGUAUCACACUUCCUAGCCCGGAAGCUCAAACAGCGUUGAUUAAAGAAACUUAUCAACGGGCAGGGUUGGACAUUACAAAGUCUGAGGAUCGUUGCCAGUACUUUGAGGCCCAUGGUACUGGUACACAGGCUGGUGACCCACGGGAAGCAUCUGCAGUGAAUGAUGCCUUCUUUGGGCAUGAUGGAACAACGAGCGAUGACACCAAGAAUGCCGGGAAGCUGAUCGUCGGCUCGGUCAAGACUAUAGUCGGGCACACGGAAGGCGCUGCUGGCAUGGCGGGAAUGAUGAAAACAUUGCUGGCUAUGAAGCAUGGCGUCAUUCCUCCGAAUCUACAUUUCCACAACUUGAAUCCCUCAGUCGCCCCUCAUUACACACAUCUUCAGAUUCCUACUACCCCUACACCAUGGCCACGACUUCAAGCCGGGUCACCUCUCCGAGCUAGCGUCAACAGCUUUGGGUUUGGCGGUACUAAUGCUCAUGCUAUCAUGGAAUCGUAUCAUCCCGAUACGGAAAACGCCAUGUUGACCUCAAACGAAGGCUCUGAUAAGUGCUUCCCAGCACCAUUGCUCUUUUCUGCUCACUCUGAAAAAGCAUUGGUAGCUAUGGUUGAUGACUAUGCGACUUAUCUGCAACAAAAUGAAGAUAUUGUCAGCCUUCGGGACCUCUCCUGGACGUUGCGUGCCCGCCGUUCUGUGCAUUCGUUCAAGGUAACGUUUUCAGGAACAACAGUUUCUGACAUUGCACAAGAAAUGAAGCAAAAGGCUGAGGCGGCAAGGGCUAACCCCGGUACCGAUCUGGGUAUUCGCUCCAAAUUUGUUGGCAAAAAGCCUUGCAUUCUCGGCGUGUUUACUGGUCAGGGGGCGCAGUGGCCGACUAUGGGGAAGGACCUCAUUCUCAACUCCAAACUAUUCAGUGACACUAUUGGCCGACUUGAGAAGACCUUAAAUGACUUGAGUGACGGACCCGAAUGGUCAUUGAGGCAGGAAAUCUUGGCAACGAAAUCCGAGUCGCGUGUUGCUGAGGCUGCUCUCUCACAGCCCCUGUGUACGGCCAUUGCCAUUGCCCUGGUAGAUCUUCUACAUGCAUCUGGCGUUACUUUCAGCGCCGUCGUCGGACAUUCUUCCGGCGAGAUUGGAGCUGCAUACGCUGCUGGUUCCUUGACAGCAGAUGAGGCGAUAAAAAUUGCGUACUACCGAGGAGUUUACGCCAAAUUGGCAAAAGGGAAAGACGGAAUAAAGGGCGCCAUGCUCGCUGUUGGCAUGGGGUUUGAAGAUGCCAAGGACUUUUGUAAUCAACCUCAGUUUGCAUCACGGCUUACCAUCGCGGCCAGCAACUCCCCUUCUGGUGUCACUCUAUCUGGAGAUAUGGAUGCAGCAAAGGAAGCCAAAGAGCUGUUCGACUCGCAGAAGAAAUUUGCUAGAAUGCUGCAAGUCGACACUGCAUAUCACUCUCACCACAUGCUACCUUGCGCGAAACCGUACACAAAUUCCCUGCUCGCAUGCAACAUCCAAGCCAAGUCGCCAUCCGAACUCCCUUGCAGUUGGAUCUCGAGUGUUUAUGGAUCUGAAGGGACACCUACGGCAGAGGAGCUGGCUUCAUCUUACUGGAGGGACAAUAUGGCACAAACAGUGCUAUUCUCACAAGCUCUGGAACGUGCCGCCAUUGAAUGUGGUCCCUUCGAUGCCGUGCUGGAGGUUGGACCGCACCCGGCCCUCAAAGGACCUGCUUCACAGACAAUCAGGGAGGUCUCCGACGAAGCUAUUCCUUAUGUUGGUGUUCUAGACCGCAAGAAAAAUGAUGCCGUCGCUUUUGGAGACGCCCUCUCAUUCAUGUGGCUUCAGUUUGGCCCAUCUGCUGUUGACUUUGAAGGCUAUGCAGCAGCCUCGGAGCCGUCAGAGCCGUACGUAGCCCCGGUCUUGGUCAAAGAUUUACCUUUGUAUCCCUGGGACCACUCCCAAGUUUACUGGAGAGAAUCCCGGCUGUCCAAAGAGUUCCGCUGUAGGAGCGCACCACCCCAUGAAUUAUUAGGACACAUCAUGCCAGGAGGCAACAAUGAUAACUUCAUUCGUUGGCGUAACUUGCUGCGACUCAACGAGGUGCCGUGGCUUGGAGAUCAUCGAUUUGAAGGCCAGCCAAUUGUUCCAACAUCAGCAUUCUGCUUGAUGGCUGUGGAGGCUGCCUUGAAGUGGGCGGCUGCGAACGGCCUCACACAGACGGUUGAAGUUGUUGAACUGCACGAAUUCGCAAUCCACAGCGCUGUCAUUGUUCCUGAAGAAUCCCAAGGGGCUGAAGUUAUUUCCUCGAUCCAAUCUAGCACCAGCGACUGUGACGGCGACAGACUAUGCUGUGCUGAAUUUGUUGCAUUGUCAGGUCCUCCCGAUGGUAGCAAACCUCUUAAGAAAGCGGCUUCUGCCAAGGUCGUCUUGUUCCCUUCCGGAGUAACGGCUGAUAUACCGACUUCUAGCAGGGCUCCUGACGACUCCCUGACGCCGAUAGACGGGUCUGAGUUUUAUUCAUCCAUCAGUGACAUGGGAUUGGCCUAUGAGGGCCCCUUCCAAGCCCUACAGAAUAUUCGGAGACGCUGGCGUCGUGCGUCUGCUCUGUUUGACAAGUCUCAAAGCUCGCAUCAUGCAUCACUUACAGUCGAUCCUUUUUUCAUUGAGAGCUGUAUCCAAGUAGCCUAUGCUGCAUUCUCCGAGCCUGGAGACACGUCUCUGUGGUCUAGUUUCCUGCCUGGAAGCAUUGACAAGAUGUCUAUCAACGUCUCGGCAUUGUCUCGAUCUGACCGGUGGCUGGAGCUGGACGGCUACAUUACCAAGUCGUCGAAUGCUACGACGUCAUCAAGCGCUGCAUUUGAUGCUGAUGUUGAGAUAUUUGAUAGCUCCAGUGGCCGUCUUCUCGUCGAGUUCGAAGGGUUGACAGUUGCAUCAUUCCGUCCGGCUUCUGCAGAUGAUGACCGGGAACUCUUCUGUCACACAGUUUGGAAACCAGACUUGGCGGGAGACGUGGUUUGCAGCAGCGAAAAACGUACACAUGAUUCUGAAAAAGCAGCUUUGGCUUUGGAGGAGCAGUCAUGGCGAUUUCUCAACAGUGUUCGAUCUAAAUGGACAGUUUGCCCUCACGCAGUGUCUCCAGCGUUCCAGUCCCUGCUUCAGUUUGUGACUCACUCCAAGAAUGCGGACAGCUUCCCUACAAGCCAGACUUCUUUGCAUGCAACUGAUUCAGCUUCCAUGAGAGCGAUUAUUGAGCUUAUUCCGGAUCUCCUCAAGGGGCGAACUCCAACAAUUGACCAUGCUAUCCGGGCAUUUGUGGAGCGACAUUCUGUAUUCACAAGGGUGAACUCGUCAAUUCGCCAUGCCAUUGAUUUGAUUUCUCAUCGUUUUGCGAAUCUUAAAGUACUGGAACUGGGCUCAUCACAUCUUGGGCCCUCCAAGUUUGUUCUUGAAGGUCUAGACGACAGCUAUUCGUCCCUCACUUUCGCCAGCACAGGGUUGCCGGAGGCGGUAAAUGCUGCUCGAGUCAACUAUGUGUCACUGGAAGCAUUGCGUCUCGGUAAACCAUUACUCAACGGCGCCAUCGGCGAGGAGAAGUUUGAUCUUACCAUCGCUUUCUACGCUCUUCACGGCCGAGACUCCACCACUGUUGAGCAAGCAUUAGAAGAGUUGCGACAUAGCAUCAGACCUGGCGGGUUCCUGAUACUUGUUGAGCCAACAAAGGAGUUUGCAUGGUCUAGACUGUUUUUGAAUGCACUUCUUGCCUCGGAUGGCGGCGGAGAUUCCCCAAGGGAUGUCGGAAGCCCCUUGUCCAUGGUUCAGCUGGACAGAAUUCUCCGCAAAACUGGGUUCUCCGGCAUAGACUCUCAGUCACCGAGUUCGUCAGAAGGACCAAGUGAUGCCAUAUCACUCAUCGUCUCCCAAGCAGUAAAUGAGACCAUUGACUUGAUGCGGCGGCCGCUUCAGCCUUCGGCGAUGAGUCUCUUGGACGACCAGAGGCUGCUGAUUGUAGGAGGAAGGUCUCUUCCGACUAAUCGAGUUAUUCAAAACAUGGCCCUGUCGCUAAGACCGUGGACUACAUCCAUCUCCACUAUCGACUCCUUUGACGAUUUGCAGCUUGACAAGAGACAGGACUUUGCAGGUGCAAUUGUCUUGACAGACAUCGAUCAACCACUUGUUGAAUUACUAACCAUGACCACAUACGAAAAGAUUCAACAGCUGUUCAAACUAGUGCCUCAUAUUCUCUGGGUUACUGAUGGCUCUCUGAACGCUCAUCCACAGCAAGCAGCGUCAAUUGGUCUGGGCAAGUCUAUAUCCGAGGAGUCUCCAUCGGCUCAACUCCAGUUCCUUGAUGUUGAAUCAAUUGAAAAUUGCGAAGAAAAGAUACUCCAAAGCUUCAUCCGCCUUCUCGUUUCAAGCUUACCAGACAAAGCGAAUGAAAGCAGACUCUUAACCGUGGAAAGGGAAAUUGCGAUAAGAGAUGGCCGUGAGAUGAUCCCCCGCGUUCUUCCGAUAAAAGACAUGAACGACCGAUUGAACUCUCAACGACGACAGAUUAAGCAGCACUUGCAGAUUGUUGAUACGGGAAUAAGCUUUAUUCCGACGGGAUCUAUGGAGGCGGCAACAUGGUAUGCAAAGCCAACAAGGACUCAUGCCAAGCCUACGAAAGUCAAGCCAAUUACAAUAUCAUAUUCGCUUCCGUUUGCCCUAAAGGUCUCUAGUGGUACCUUUUUGUAUCUCUUUGCCUCCCAUGGAGAUGGCUCAGGCGCAGUGCUUGGGCUCACCGAGAGUUUGUCGUUGCCUGGCCCAGUCUGUGCCACUUGGAAGGUUCCCUCUGCUGUUGAUCUGGGCUCUGUGACGAUUGACAGAUUGCUAGAGAUUGCGAGUGGAUUAUUCAUUGCUGAGAAUAUUUUCCAAAUGCUUCCUGCGGGAGAAUCACUAAUCUUUGAGCCUGAGCCCAUAGUUGCCUCGGCCAUUUCUGACCUAUGCAAGGGGUCAAAGAAGACUGUCUACUUUGUUACAACUAGAGCAGAGCAGGAAUCCGGAGACAAAUCAUGGAUCAUCAUUUCCUCCCAAGCGUCCAAGAGAACUAUUUUGUCUUCCCUUCCAGGGAGUGUAAGAUUGUUCUUUGACGCGUCCCUCCGCCCUAAUCGCCUGGUGUCACGCAUUUUACAGUUCUUACCAGGGGAUUUCGAGGUCUGCGACCAGUCGCAACUCUUCCAAUUGAGCACUCGUGUGUCCAAAUCAGUUACGCCUACAACAUUACACUUGGUUCUGCAGAGUGUUGGAAUAGCAGCCGUCAAAGCCGCUAAGAAGUUUCCGGACGGCCAGUUGCGCAAGAUCAGUGUAUCCGAAUUGCUGGAUAGACUUCCAAAGUGUUAUGCUGGAUUGGGCAUAGUUGACUGGACUCAAACUAACUCUAUUCAAGCUACUAUAGAGCCGUUGAACCCAGACACUCUGUUCUCCGCGCAAAAGUCCCAUCUUCUUGUCGAUGUUGAGCCGCAGCUGCAGCAAUCCAUUUCAGACUGGUUGAUCCUGCAUGGUGUACGAAAUCUCUUCAUCAGCAGCAAAUCUCGUUCGAAACCGACUUGGCGAGGCACACCGCCGGGAACUUCUGUCCAGCUGGUAGAAGAGAAUCCGGCAAACCCACAGCAAUUGCAAAGCUUCAUGAAUAGCUUGUCUGAUGUUGGAGGUGUCAUUUACGGUGGAGCAGGGCCACGGAAAUCUUUCGAUGAUAAAUGUCAGGACGUAUUGCAACAGUGGAGGACAACGAUGUACGAACUGCAGGUCCUGACAGAUGUGCUAAAGGUGAAGAAACCUGCCUUCUUUUUGGCAAUCUCAAGUAUGCGCAAAGAAUAUGCACCAGUCAAUAGUUAUCUCUCGAGCCUUAUUUCACAAUCACGAUCACACGGAAUACCUGCAAGUUUAGUAAAUGUGGAUGCCAUAUGGAGCCACACGGAUAGUUUGACAACCUCUCCUUUCAUGAGAAUUUCAGAGUGCGAUUUGCACUACGUCCUCGGUGAAGCAAUCUCAUCGGCAAAGGCAAACAGCCACCAUCCAGAAGUAUUGGCAGGUAUCAAAAGAUUUGAACCCGGGAAUGCCAGCGAAAACAUUAAAAAUAGGUGGCUUUCUUACCCUUUAUACUCCCAUCAUUAUCUUCGCCACCGGGGAGUUAACCAGGACGACGCUCAGCUGCAAGCUCAGAAUCUUAAACAGAGGCUCGCUACUUGCCAAAAUUUGGAUGCAGCAUCCAAGACCAUUCAGCAAUUCUUCUCUUCUAGACUCGCAGUAAUGCUAAACUUACCACCUGAAUCCAUACGCCCUGACAAUGACCUCACCAGCCUCGGAGCUGACUCUCUCAGUGCCUCAGAUAUCCGCUCUUGGUUCCUGAGAGAGCUUGACGCUGAUGUACCCGUGCUUCAGAUCCUAGGAGGUGCAUCCAUAGCUGAGUUGUGCGACGAAGUUGCCUCGAAAUUAGCUCUUGAGAUUGGCCAGGAAACACCGAAUGUGGAAGAAUCUAUCACGUCUCCUCCAAUUCCAAGUAGACAAACUGACAGUAUUAACACUGCACCAGAGGAGAAACAUACUACUGAAAACCCUGGCAAUCAAUACAUAAGCGCUUCAUCUAGUGAUGGAUACACAACCACCACCGAUACUGGCGAGGCAGCCCCAACCCCUCAGACAGAAGCAGUUCCUGAUUCGGGAUAUGUCAGUCCACAUAAGUUGGAUUUGCCUGCGGUCAAGUAUACAGAAAAAAUGUCCUACAGCCAGAAUAGGUUAUGGUUCCCUUCAGUUUAUCUUGACCAGAAAACGCCGUUCAACUGCACCACGUCAUAUCGACUCACGGGUCCUAUUGACGCUUCACGGCUCAACAAGGCAUUCCAUCUUUUGAUACAACGGCAUGAGAGUUUCAGAACUGCCUUUUACAAUGACCCAUGCACUGGAGAGCCAACUCAAAGCAUCCUAACAUCACGACCGUUUGUGCUUAAGGUGUCAUCAGGCAAUGGGACUGAGGAUGUUGAUCGGGAAUUCCGCCAAAUCGCGGAGUACCACUUUGAUUUAAGCAUUGCCGAUACUCUUAUCGCUACCCUAGUAUCUCAGGGCCCCGAUGAGCACACAAUUAUCUUUGGGUAUCAUCACAUCAUCAUGGAUGGAGUAAGCUGGCAGAUUACGUUGAAUGAUCUAGCGCAAUUCUACGACUCUGAAACAGCAAACCUUCCAUCUUUGGCGCAAUACGCUGAAUUUACAGCCAAGCAACGACAUCUUGUCUCAAUUAAUGCCCAUGCGGAUAAGCUGGCCUACUGGAAGAAGGAAAUUCCGGUCACACCAUCGCCGUUGCCCCUGUUCCCUUUUGCUAAAGUGAGCACGAGGAAGGCCUUGACUCGCUACAAUACCUUGGACUAUAUAUUUGACGUCAGCCCAACCCUUGUCGCAAAAAUAAAGAAGGCAAGUCUAGAAGCGAAGUGUACUAGCUUCCACUUUUACUUGUCGGCAUUUGUCGUCUUACUGAAUCGUUUCUUGGAUCUAAACGACGUUGUUCUUGGUAUCAUUGAUGCAAACCGACAUGACAAAUCGUUUCUGAACACAGUCGGAUUCUUGUUGGACAUGGUGCCGCUCCGGCUAAAGGUCAAUAAAAAGGAGCGUUUUCUGCAAACCUUGCGCAACACACGGGGCAAGGCAUACGGUGCUCUGGGAAAUGCUGGCGUCCCAUUGGAGACAAUCUUGAAGGAGUUGCAGAUUCCAACCUCAUCGACAAACACGCCCUUAUUUCAAGUCCUUAUCAAUUAUCGCAUGGGAGCUCUGAGAGCUCCGCAAAUGGGUGACGCGAAAAUGAGCUUUCUGAACUACGAGGAUGCUAAAGCGCCAUUCGACUUGGCCAUCUCGAUUGAUGAGAAGGAUGAUGGCAGCGGAAUGCUCACUUUCUCCAUGCAGGACUACAUGUAUGAUCAAGAAGGUGCUGAGCUCCUCGUCACGACAUACGUGGAUCUGCUCGAUUCUUUGGCUACCGACACCUCUCAGCGUCUCAAUGAGGUGUCCAUGUCCAAGACGCUGUCUAGCAAGGCACUGAUUGCUGGAACUGGACCCGUCAUCGAUUUCCAGUGGCCAAAUACGCAGACGCUGUCACAGCGAGUGGACUGGCAAACAGAACAGCAUCCUGAUGCCCUUGCUGUGAAAGACAUGGCCGGAGCGAGCCGCACAUAUCUUGAGACUCAGAAACGAGUAUUCGCCAUCGCCUUGGCACUUGGCGAAGUUGGCAUCACUCAUGGAUCACGUGUGGCGGUCUAUUGUGAGCCAACAGUUGAUUCAAUUGCGUGUAUCCUGGCAAUUCACAGAGUCGGUGCCGUGUACAUCCCUCUGGAUGUCCGCAACUCCAAUGAGAGACUGGAAGCUGUAGUCACAGAGUGUGAUCCUGGUCUCAUCAUCUACCAUCUAGCCACCAAAGACAAGCUGUUCGCAUUUUCGGGACUGACGCCUACUGUUGAUCUUUCAACCAUCCCCGAGACUGCUGAUAGCAUCAUGCCAAAUGUCUCGAAGCUUUCUGACCCGGCUUUUAUUCUCUACACGAGUGGAUCAACUGGCAAGCCAAAGGGUAUUAUGCUAACACAUGCAAACUGUUCAAUUCAUUUCGCUUCCAUUUCCAACAGCCUGGGGCUCACCAACAAACAUGUUGUGCUACAACAGAGUGCGCUAGGUUUUGAUGCCUCUUUGUCACAGAUGUUCAUGGCCUUGAGCAACGGCGCGGCAUUGAUCUUAGGUUCCAAUCGCGGUGAUCCUGCAGACCUGGCAGAUCUCAUACGAAGAGAAAGAGUUACCGUUACUCUUUUCAUUGUUUCUGAAAUGUCUGCCUUGCUUCAACAUGGCAGCCAUAUCCUGUCUGAAUGUCGAUCCUGGCGCAUCGCACUUUGCGGAGGAGAGGCGUUCACUGUCAGCCUCUUGCAAAAGUUCCGGAAUCUAGGCCUUCAAGACUUAACCUUGUAUAAUGCUUAUGGCCCCACAGAAGCUACCAUUAUCACUUCGCUCGGCAAGGUAGAGUACCAUGAUGACAAUUGGGGAGACGACCCAAAGGUACCCGUGGGACCCCCUAUUCCCAAUUAUGGCGUCUAUGUUUUAGAUGAUAAGCUACAGCCCGCUCCCUUGGGCUGGCCAGGAGAGUUAUGCGUUUGUGGACCGUGUAUCACAACUGGUUAUGUAGGCCAACCCGACCUCACGGCAGCCAAGUUCUGGCCAGAUCAGAUCAAGAAACCAGUGGGGACAGUUUAUGACGGCUGGAAUACGAUCUAUCGCACAGGAGACAAGGCACGCCAGCUCAGUGAUGGAUCAUUUGCUUUCCUCGGGCGAAUUGACGGUGAUUCGCAGGUCAAGAUACGAGGUAUCAGGAUUGAACUUGGUGAGAUUUCCAACGCCAUAAUACAAUCCUCCAAGGGGGCAAUAAGCGACGCGGCAACAAUUGUGAAGGGCGACACGCACCAAACGCUUUUCAGUUUUGUCGUAUUUUCUGCGGAUUACAGAAGCAAAGCAGGUCAACAGGAAGCAUCGACGACCUAUCUGCGGAAACUCAUCCAGAGUCUCCCUCUGCCAGUGUACAUGCGCCCGGCAAUUGCGGUUCCGCUAGAUCGCCUCCCGUUCACGGAGCGCGGGAAGCUUGAUACCAAGUCUCUUUCUGCAGUUCCGUUGGAAGUCGACUCUGAAGAUGCUCCUGAGAACCUGACACUCACAGAGCAAAAGUUGCGACAGGUUUGGCAGGACACGCUCGCUGACCAAGCCUUGCCUAUUCCGAUCCGGAAGCAGUCUGACUUCUUUUCUGUGGGAGGAAACUCUCUCCUUCUCAUCCGCCUGCGAAAGAGCAUCAAGGACGCGUUUGACACCUCCGUACCGUUGGCCGACCUCUUCCAAGCCAGUACUCUGGAGAUGCUCGCUGCACAGCUGGAUCGCACAAACUCUCCCAAGCUGGAGCAGGUGGAUUGGGAGGCUGAGUCCGCACUGGAUGCCACCCUUCCUACAAUCAACGUCUCACAAAAUGCGGAUAGGGAAGGUACACCAAUAACCAUAUUGCUUACAGGCAGUACUGGCCUCUUGGGCCGCGAGAUUCUGCGCCAGCUUAUUGCCAGCGACAGGAUUCUCAAGGUACAUUGUCUGGCUGUCCGUCCUGGUCGAAAAUUACCCGACGAUCUAGCUUCGUCCAAGAAGAUUGUUCUUCAUUCGGGAGAUCUAGCCGCCCCACGACUUGGCUUGGAGGAGUCCGUAGCGCAGGACCUAUUCUCUUCCUCCGCAGCAAUCAUUCACAACGGUGCCGAAGUCUCGCAUAUGAAAUCAUAUCCAUCACUGCGUAUUACCAAUGUUGGUAGCACCAGACAGCUUCUAGAUCUUGCGGUGCGAGUAUCCCGUGCCUGUGACACUCCUGUCCCCAGCUUUCACUAUGUAUCUACAGCAGGUGUAGGUGGACUACCGCAGACAGCAUCAUUCGAGGAGAUUUCCGUGGCGCCCUUCCCACCCGCAACUGAUGGUUCGAACGGAUAUGUUGCUGCAAAGUGGGCUAGCGAGCGCAUCUUGGAACGAGCAGCGGAGAAACUUGGCCUCCCAGUCGCGAUUCACCGUCCAAGUAACAUCACUGGCACUGAUGUUGGAGACCGUGACAUUGUUCACAGCGUCUGGAGAUGGUCUGAGUCUCUCCGUGUGGUACCCGACCUUGCUUCUGCAGGUGCACAAGGAGCUUUUGAUUUUGUGGGUGUUGACACCUGCGCCAGGGGUAUCAUCAGCUCAGUCUUUCGUCGUUUGGAAAGGACUGACAACGCCACUGUCGAGUAUAUACACCAGAGCGGUGAUACAGUGUUCCCUAUCGACAGCUUCAAAGAUGUUCUUGACGGAAGAUUAGGCACUGAGGUGUCUCUGCUGCCCUUCCGGAAAUGGGUGGACAAAGCAGAGAAAGCAGGGCUGGACGAGUUGGUAGCCGCCUUUUUGAGGCAGACCAAUGGCGCGUUUAGGAUGCCGUUGCUGGUAAAGCGCGAGACAUGA